AUGACGCUUGACCACACCUACCUGUCCUAUCCCCACUUUAGAGAAAAGCGACAGCAACAACCCCAGCAAGAGCGGAAAGCUCAGCAUCAGCAAGUGCAGCAGCCCCAGCAAGAACGGCAACCCCAGCAGCAGCCACAGCAAGUGCAGCAGGUUCCCAUGUUUUACCAGGCCCACACGCCCGUGCUCCCGAUGCAGGCUGGCAUGCAGGGUCAGGUGUUCGUGGACCCGAACGACCCAAACACACUACACUACGAAGGCUUCGACCCCGGCGCACGAUUCUCCAAGCUGGCACCGCCCCGAGUGCCACCACCACCGCCAGGGGUGAUGCCUAACCCGGCCCAGUUGGCGCUCAUGCAGGGGUACAAUGUCGUGGUCACACAACGCAAGUCCAACGUCAUCUCGGGCGGAUCCAGCGGUGGCGUAGAUACGAGCUGCACCCUACAGUGA